UUUGAAGAGCAUGUCAUUAACAUGGACUGGCUUGAAAGGGAAAUAGUUAUGGAAGAGGAACUGGAAAGAGGAAGAGAAGAAAAAAGAAAAGGUGAUGAGCAAACGAAAAGAGAGGAACAAAUAAAGAGAGAAGAACAAAGAAAGAGAGAAGAACGAAGAAAAAGAGAAAGGGAAUGGAAAGCGCAACAGGAGAGGGUAAAAAGGUUAGGAAGAAAAAGAGAGAGACGUCAAGAGAUGAGAGGCGCGGAGUUAGAGAGAGGAAGAGUGGGCGUAACGGCAAAAGAAAGGACCCGGGAUGAAAUUAACAGAGGAAGAGAUAAGAGAAGAGUUCGGUGUCACAAGUGUCGAGGGUUUGGCCACGUACGUGCCGAAUGCCCAACGAGACGCGGCCCGGUUGUGCCCCACCAAGAUCAAGAUCAAGGAAAAGAAGUGAUAGUUAAUAAUUAUCAUUUUCACGCCUCUCUUGACAAUGUAAGAUUUCACUAAUAAGUUUAGUCAGUUAUCUUACAUUGCCAAGAGGUUUAUUUUAUACUUUAAUACUAAUAUUCAAUUAAUUAAAAACGUACACGUGAUUUAUCAGUAUUAUAAAUUUAAUGUAUAUUGUUUCUUUUUUUAUUUUUACGUGAUCGAAAGACAUUAAAUAUUUG